AUGCAGUUAGCUCAGACUAAACCCCAUGUGUUAGCGCUACUGACUGACAUAGACGAUUAUCUGAUAUGCUCUCACUCAUUGGAACAGGAAGUCAGGGAUUCCACUACAGUGAUAAAUCAUCUCAAGGAUCUUGGGUUCAAUAUAAACUGGGCAAAGAGCCGAGUAGAACCUAUGCUAUGUACAGAAUACUUGGGUCUCAACAUAAACUCCCUCUCUCAUUGUGUCACACUAUCAGAGAGGACAUUAGUGUCUCUCACACAGUGUCUCUCCCUUUCCCAGCCGGGAAAAGUCGUAUUGUUCAGACUAUGCCUGCGCCUACUGGUGCCUCUAAUGGCUUCUGUAAUAUUUGUUGUACACUUAGGGCUUCUAACGAUGAGGGAUUUUCAGCAUUGGGGAGCAUUACGCCUGUGCCCACGCCGUCACCUCAGCCACAAGGUGAAAAUAACACCAGUGUGUGUGGCGGCUCUUCGCCCAUGGAGGGACUUGACAACUCUUGCGUCAGGUGUCCUUCUGUGGGCGGUGUCCUCCAGGGUAACCAUGACAAGGGAUGUGUCCCUGUCAGGGAGGGGGGUGACCAUGUUGGGCAGAGCGGUGAAUGGCACCUGGGGCCUGAGGCUGGCUCAGGCUCCCAUAAAUGUUUUGGGUAGUGUUUUUUGCACUAAAGCAUUUUUGCACUAUGUCCAAGGUCACCAUGUCUUGGUAAAAACAGACAACUCCACUGUGGUAGUGUACAUCAACCCCCAGGGUGGCACUUGUUCACUGAAGUUGCACAAGUUAACUCAGAAGAUAAUCAUGUGGAGCAGCACCAGACUCCUGUCCCUUCGAGCAACACAUAUGCCGGGCGGUUUGAACAGGGGUGCAGAUCUUCUGUCCUCAGGGAACUCCCUGUACAGAGAGACUUUGCACCUGCAGGUGGUGGAGCAAAUUUGGCAGAUAUACAGCUGGGCAGCCAUAGAUCUAUUCAUCUCGCAAGAAAACACUCAGUGUGCGCUGUUUUUCUCCCUGUCGGACAUAAAAGCACCUGGGGUGGAUGCUCUGGCCCACCCAUGGCCAAAUAUGCUGCUCUAUGCCUUCCCCCCUCUCAGCCUGAUCUCCCCCACCUUAGCCAGGGUGAGAGAGCAGGGCUUGUUGCUCUCUCAUCACACAUAUGAGCCUAUUUCACUGAGUUUAUUUCACUGA